AUGGUGCUAACUGCUAAGCUCAGUUGGGGUAGGGUCUGGACGCUAAUCAGAAAUGGUGAGAUUGAUGCUGCACUCCAUAGACUUCAUGAGUGGUAUCCCCAGAUUGUUCAGGUGAACGCCAUUUACAGCGUGGUUGCUGUUUCAGCUGGAGCACUAGAGGAGGCUGUCCAUUAUGGAAGGAUUGAAUUGGCAAAGUUCUUUAAGGUGCCUGGGUUUGAUGUUCUUGUUCAGGAUUGUGUUGCCUUGCUGGCAUAUGAACACCCCCAGCAGUGCUCAGCUGGGUAUCUUCUUGAAGAGUCACAGCGUGAGAUUGUGGCUGAUGCAGUAAACGCCAUGAUUUUGUCAACAGAUCCCAACAUGAAAGAUUCACAAAGCUGCUUGCGAUCACAUCUUGAGAGGUUACUGAGACAACUUACUGUUUGCUGCUUGGAGAGAAGGUCCUUGAAUGGGGAUCAAGGUGAAGCUUUCCAACUGCAUAGAGUACUUAACAGCGGGAAGAAGGCCAAGUGCUAA